UGUCAAUGAGUUAUCACCGAAGCAACCUGUCUAUCAUACUUCUCUGGUAUAUCAGCCACCAACUUUAUCUUCCUCAGCGAACCGAAGGGAAGGACUCAAGCCUACAUUAUUCUACAACUGAAUAGGUGGCACUUCAACAGCCACAUCAGAACCAGGAUGUGCAAACACAUAUUGAAUGCACAAGUCUCAAUCCGGUCGCCAUGCUGCCGUAAAUGGUUCGACUGCGCCGAUUGCCAUCAUGAACAGGAGACCCAUGAGCUUCGGAAGACGCUCGAAAUGACGUUUGCCUGCAAAAAGUGCAAGAAGUGCUUCCGCAAGGAUGUACAGGAGUUCGAGGAGGCUGACGAGUACUGCCCGCACUGCGAUAACCAUUUUGUACUCGAUGCCUUGACGCCAAAGGCUGCCCUUACAGUCGAGGCCGAGGAUGCCAGGCUAGACAACAGAAUGCUGAAGUCGGGCGAUGACAGGAUCAAGGGUGAGAAGCAGCGGACAAUAUUCGACCCAGAAACCGACGCAGACAAGCUGGGUUAGCUAGUUGAUAUCGCUACAGAGGCUGUUGCCCGCAUUAUUGAAGCAUUUACUGGGCGUCUUGGGAAGCAUAAUACCAUAAAACACCGCAAUCAAAGCAAAUCAACAUCGUAGCACCCGACUGGUUGAUCGCGCAAGAUAUCUUACAUUAGCUGUUGCCGUGAUCUAUAG